UUCGUUGUUUUUAUACAGGCUUUAGUGCGCCGUGAAUCUCCGCCAUGAAACAGCUCGUGCCGUCCGCCGCCGUCGCCGGUCUGCUAGCCGUCCAAACCUUACUCAUGCUCGGUGUCCUGGACUACAAGGGGACCGCGGUCCAGGCCCAGGAGAGUCCGUUCGAGUUGCCCGUCCAACUCAUCGGUUUCCCCGUCAUCAUCGUCGCCGUCAAGAUGUCCAAUUUUGUCAAGAAGCUCGCGUACGCCCUGAGCCCGAGCACCUACAGAAGAAAAGCCAAGCGGGACUUGCAAGCUGCGACGUCCGCUUCUGGUUCUUUGUCGUCCUUGGACGUGCUCAAAGCCCAGGAGAUGAUACUUAAAGAAAUGGGUCCGGACGCGUGUGUUUACGAGAAAGUAUGUUCCGCAUAUGCCGAGGCAGCCGCGCUUACCAAAAAAGAUCGCCACAACGGAAAGGUCGGCGUGGACAGAAUGGACUGGGAAAAAAUUAUCAGCGGAUACAUGGAAACCGGAGCGGCUAAAAAGAAAUACUAUAUGCUGAGCGUGUUUUUGGGUGAUGUGCUAGGUUCACCCGAGUUCUGUUCAAGGAUCGUACGAAAAAUCAAACGGUGCGAUGUAAAACCGAUCUAUCACCAUUGACACUGUACAUAAUAUAAUAAUAAUAUUGUGUUAUAUUUUUCUAAAAUUAUAUUUAUUGAACAUAAUAAUAUGUAGUUAUAAAUAAUAAUAAUGUUAAAAAUAUUAUAAAACUA